GUUCACCGUGCGAGCGAGUGGCUGAUAUUGUAUUUCAUUCGUUAGUUGGUUAACAGUGUGGUUCAGAUAGCGAUGGCAACAUACAACUUCUCAGCCUUAGUUUUAUUUACUGUGGGAUUUGUUUUGACCAUUGAUGUUUCCUUUCGCGACAGGAGAUUCUUCAUUCAAGGUGCGUCAGGUUUGAGCGAGAAAGAUUUGGUUCAACAUGUCCUGGAUAGUACCAACCCUAAUGUUCGUCCAGUGAAGACGCCAUCAGAUGCCGUGAACGUCACGUUGGAUAUUACUUUUCACGGCGUGAUAGACAUGGACGAAAAAUUCCAAAUUCUCACUAGUAGUGUUUGGGUCAGGCAGGACGAAAAACAUCAAAUUCUAACAACAGACAUGUGGGUAAGGCAGGAAUGGAACAAUCACCUCAUUAACUGGAAACCUGUGGACUAUGGAGGAGUGGAACAUAUAUCCUUAGAUGCUUCCCAAAUAUGGCAACCUGACAUGGUCUUGUAUAACAACGUUUUUGAAGAAUUUGAUGGCAGAAUGGACAACGUAAAGACACGUAUUCGCGUCCGACAUGACGGCUAUUGUUACUGGGCAGCGCCGUUCAUCUUCAAGACGUCCUGCCCGUUUAAUGUGCGGGAUUUCCCGUUUGACUCACAGAAGUGUGAACUCAAGUUCGGUUCAUGGCAAUUUCACAUGGGGCAACUCAAUUUGAUCCGCAAACGAGAAGUGGCACCUUUAGCAAAGGAGAAAGUUGAUAAUGGCGAGUGGAACGUUACCACGAUCAAAAUCGAGAAAAAUGUCAUCGUGUACGCGUGUUGUCCAGACGAGAAGUACCCCGAUAUUACAUUCAUUGUGAACCUCAAAAGACGCUCGUUAUUUUACACCUACAAUCUGAUCAUUCCGAACUUUAUUAUAGCUCUACUUGCCUUCUUUUCCUUCUACAUCCCUGUUGAGUGUGGUGAGAGAAUAGCGUUUGUGAUUACCGUGUUGUUGAGCAUGACCGUGUUCCUGCUGCUAGUCGCCGAGAGCAUCCCUCCCACUUCAGAAGCGGUCCCAGUGAUUGGUAUGUACUACACCAGCUCCAUCAUAGAAGUAGCCUUAGCGCUUGUGGCCACUGGGAUUAGUUUAAAGGUUUACUACAGAUAUUUGUAUGGAAGGGGGUUAUCACCUGGGCUACGACGAUUCCUUUUUGAUCGCCUUGCGCCUCUACUGUACGUUGACACUAAACUCGCAGGGGGGACUGAGCGUCCUAGAAACAAAUCAUGCAAUCCUUUCAGCUUUCUUAAAAAGGUCAAACAAAGGUCCGCACAGAACAGUGACAUUUCCAUGUACAGCGUUACUGAAAAUCCAGCAAAACUUUCAAAUGGUGUGUCUAACUCGGAGAAAAACGAGGCUAAGUUACUUUCAGUCGAUGUCAGGACUACGCCGGGUCUUAGUGACGAGUUGUUGGAACCAACAAUAGAGUUGCCAGGCCAAGAAUUAAGGCAAAGGUCCAAGAGAGCUUCAAUGACUUCUGAACUUCAGACAAUCUCUUCUGCUGUGAAGGAUCAAAAGGAUUCUGAAAAGCAGGCAGCUGAAUGCAGGAUUGCGGCAGCCAUUGUAGAUCGAGCUUUCAUGGUUUUGUUUGUUUUGGUAUUUUUCGUGUCGACCCUCAUCAUCCUACUUUUACCUUUCAUCAGAAAGAGAUAACAUUCUGUUGCGUGACUCACGUGACAUAACUGCCUGGCUAUAGUCACGUAAGAGAGAAUCACCGACAAUUAGUGAAGGUUGUGUGAACUCGAAUUGAGUGUAAGUAGUCACGCAGCAGACAAGUACCUAGCUCACGAGAUCGAGGUUAUUCAGGCGUGACUUGAAUUACAUGAAAUCGUGUGUGACUUGAACUUUUCAAAAGUAGUCACGCAAUAAGGGGCUUUCUUGUCUUAACCCUAACGAAGCCUUCAACAAAACAAUUGUUUUGUCUUGUAACUCAAUCAAGAGCGAUUUAAACUCGAUAAGGAAGGGAUGUUCAUACCUUCAACUAAGUUUCCGAAAGACGCAGUGCAAAAUAAGCACAACGUGGAAAGAAAAACACAGAAUUUGAGAAGUUCAAAACCGUCAGUUUUGUCAAUGUUUAAGUUGAUAUUCUUUUUCAAUUUUCUGCAUACCACAUUGUAAAAAAAAAAUUAAGUAUUUGUUAGAAACGAUUUUCCUAUUAUGUAGACAUUGAAAAAUACUUUAUGUAACAGAAUGUGACAAAGUCGUUGAUCUAAUCAAUUUUUUUUAAAAGAAAUAAUUUGAAUGGAAAUUUUAUCAGUUAAACUAUCGAAAUCUUCAUUACUGGAAAGGCUUCUAGCUAUCGUUAACGUUUUUGAUUUUGAUAAAUUUAUACUUUCCCUUUGUACAUUAAGAGUUGUUGAGUGUAGAGCAAGGGGAUUGCGAGCGUUUUGACAAGAGCUUCUUGUCGGCAAUAAACAACUGAUAUCUGUUA